AUGACCCUUCUAAAGGAGGAUAAAAAACACGUGGCGAAGAACCCCUCGAAGGAGGGGGCAAAAAUGGGUGAUCCAGCGAAUCUCCGCAAGGAGGCCCUGGAGCCUGCGAGGGGGGCUUCCAAUGUGAUCCGGACGGUUUCCCCCGGGGAGGCCCAAAAACGGGCAAAAGAGGCCAAACGGCUGGCGGAGAUACGCUUUAAAGGACAAGACUCCGAGGAUGCGCGAGGUCCGGUCAAAAUGCAACGGGAGAUCAAAAAGAAGAAAAAUGCCCUGCAAAAGGUACUGAAAAAGAUAAAAGGUUUGAAGCCCGACGGGAAUGAGUAUGCCCAGGCUAAACUAGAGGAGGCUCAGCUGCUUCGGGAAAUUGAUUUGAUUGAGAGUAGCUUGGAAGGUGAAGCGCAGAAGAUCCUCGAUAUUCCUAGUUCCGCAGCGGCUGUAGCAGCGUUGCCGUCAGAAAAUGCCAAAACACCUAUCACAAUUUCCCACCAAACUGACAAGGUGAAGGAGAAAGAAGUAUCUGAGAUUAAGGAACAGGACGUUGAGGAGGCCCGUAGAAGGCUGCAGGAUCUUGUGAAGCAGGCAAUGCAGUCGAACAACCACAUUCAACGAAGGCAUUUGACGCCUCGACGAUCGGUGGUACAUCCUUGUGUAGCUGAGGUGGCGUUAAUGAUCGAGGAAAUGCGAAUUGUGGGCGGAAAUGCGCGUACCAUGGCCACCAUUUAUGCUUUUGGCGAGAUGCUCAAGUUCACCACCUUAUUAGCGGGCUCCUCUCUGAAGGAUGUCAACACGACGAUGUUUGAAAAACUUGUCGAGGAUAAUUUUGCCGUUUUACGGCGCAAACGGGAGGCGUCAGUUGGGAUGUACUACGUGAAGAAGGCUUUCUUAAAGCGAAUGGUGGCGGCGCGGGAUAAAGGAGACCAAUUAGGGGACCCACGGGAGGUCGCUUUACGACUCCUUGGCUCAUUGGAGGCGGAACUCUGCCUGUCGAUUAAGACCAUCGUGGAGGAUCGCUCACUGCCCUACGUCUCGAACCAGGACACGAUUUUAGUUUUCGGGCGCAGCAGCGUGGUGGAGUUCAUCCUACUUUCCCGCGUGGGGGAUCCGCCGCGGCGGCCGAAACGGGUGAUUGUGGUGGACUCCGGCCCCCUCUUUGAGGGCCGCGCGCUCGCGUACAAACUCACGGAUGCCGGGAUUCCCGUCACCUAUGGCCUCAUCACGGCGUGUUGUAUGCUCAUCCCGAAGUGUACACGGGUUUUUAUCGGGGCUUCGUCGGUUUUGCAGAGCGGGGAUGUCUUCAGUCGAUGUGGAACGGCCCUCGUCGCGGCCUGCGCGAAGUCGUUUCGGAAGCCGGUCCUGUGUUUUGUCGAGAGCUACAAAUUCGCGGCCGAGGUGUGGAUUGGGAAUCUGGCGCAGAACACCAAGCUCGUGGAUGUUCGCGAUCAGCCCUCGUUUAACUCGAGUGGGGUCCACAGCCCGCUAAUACGCAACCUUUUACCUCCACGAUUAUUCGCGAAUGAUCCGCCACACCGGAUUUCCGAAGACCGCCACUCAUGGAAAGACGGCAAUGCGGCGUACUACGGGUCUUCAUGUGCAUCAGGGUACUUAUACGACCUCACGCCUGCUACCUAUGUUGAUAUGAUCGUGUGUGAAAUGGGCUGCCUUCAUACCUCUGCCGUUAUUGCCGUUAUUAAAGACCGUGAGGGUCUCGAGGCUGCGCCUCUUAUGUAA